AUGCCGUGUACACACGGUCCUACACGAGAUAUUAUACUAGGGACUCCGUCUGGAGUGAUGACUCACGAACGCAUCCAGCCCAUCGACCGAUUUCAUGAUUUCAAACGCUCGAGCCGCAGAGACGCGCGCGGCGCCAUGUCCGCCGCGCGCGCGCCGGUCAGCGAUCGCGUCGAUCGCGCGCGCGACCGGGGUGAACCGAGCGCGAGGGCCGAGGACGCGUCGGCGGCGCGUCGGCCGAGGUACGAGCUGACGACGCGUGCGCGAGCGGACAUCGCGUUCGAAACGUUCGACGCGCUCGCUCGUCGCGCGCGCGCGUCGAGGUCACGCGGGGCGGUUGACCGCGCGCGCGAGGUGCGAUGCCCGCGCGUGAUCACGGAGACGCGGCGCGGUCCGGAUGGCGCGCCGAGGUAUCGACGAUACGUGCGCGAGCGCCUGCUCGGACGCGGUGGGUUCGCGGCGGUGUUCGCGGUGCGGGAGAUGUCCACGGGGAGAGAGCUCGCGUGUAAGGUGAUCGCGAAAUCGACGCUGACGAAGCCGAGGCAGUGGAAGAAGAUGAAGACAGAAAUUGAAAUUCACGCCAGGGCGCGGAGCGAGCGCGUGGUGCGGUUCGAGAGGUGCUUCGAGGACGAGCGACACGUGUACAUCUUGAUGGAGAUGUGCUCGAGCAAGACGCUGUGGGACAUUGUGAAGGCGAGAGGGGGGAUGGGAGAGACGCACGCGGCGUGUUACGUGCGAGAGGCGUUGACGGCGACGGCGCACUUGCAUUCGAUUCGUAUCGUGCACAGAGAUUUAAAGUUGGGGAAUUUGUUCUUAACACAGGAGGGAUUGGAGGAGAUCGAUGCCGCUGGGCCUGGAUGGAACGACGCGCUGGGUAAGCGCGGCGGUCCUGGACGUUUGAAGAUUGGUGAUUUCGGUUUGGCGUGCGUCUUGGAGCACAGGGGAGAUAGGCGCAAGACCAUCUGCGGGACGCCAAACUACAUCGCCCCGGAAGUGCUCAGGGGGAAAGAUGGCGUCGGACACUCGUACGAGGUCGAUACGUGGUCUCUCGGGGUGAUUUUAUACACGUUGCUCUACGGAACUCCGCCGUUCCAGUCUAAGGAUGUCAAGUUGACAUACAAGCGCAUUCGAGAGAACGAUUACGAAUUCCCGGAAGAACCUCUGGUUUCGGACUCAACGAAGGCGUUGAUUCGCGCCGCGCUUCAUCCCGAGCCGUCGAAGCGUCCGUCACUGGCGCAGUUCGCUGCGCAUCCGUUCAUGCGGCUCGGUGCGAGAGAUUGGUCGCUGGAAAACGAAUUGGUUGCCGCGCCAGAGCCGGCAUUGAUAAUGGACAAACCGUCGAUUAAUGUCAAGUCACGCAAGCUGCAAGAGCGUGACAACGUCGUCAGUAACACUAAUGACGCUCCAUUGCGCUCACCACUGCAGACUAUCGACCAGAACGCGCCAAAACAUCACGCACCGAGUCCGCGCGCUGAGGCGAAGCGUGAACGAUUCUCACCGGAAGACGCCCACAAUCGCGACGCCGAUCGUGCGUUAUUAUCGACAAAACUUCAAGUGAUGAGCUUAGAUGCGCCCUCGUCGGAAGCGCACGAGAUGCUAGGAUACUUUCCAAAGCUAUGGGUCGAUUCAUGGAUCAAGUGGGAGUACACGCGAGACUACGGCAUGCCUUACCAGCUCAGCGACGGCACCGUGGGCGUGUAUUUCAACGACGACUCGAGCAUGGUUUUCAUGACGGAUGCCGAUGAUUCUCCGGUCGUGUACACGCCUCCGGCGAACGAGCGCGAGUCGUCGACGCGCCGGGACGGUGACGGCGACAACUCGGGCGAGACCAAGCGCGCCAAUGUGAGAAUCAUUGGAAGAACCAUCAUCAAUCCCGACGACGCGCGAUCGAUGUACGGUCGUGCGGUGGCGAAGAAGGUACUCCUCGCGAUGCAUUUUCGAGCAUAUUUUCUCGGAAAGAUCGAGGACACCAUGAACGCCGUCGUGAGAUCCUGCGGCGGACUUCGAUCGGUCGACGACGCCAGACUCAGAUCUCCGCACGCCAUGCCGCCGUACGUCAAGCACUGGACCCAAUCGUCCAAGGGCAUCUCCUGGCGCUUGUCCAACAAGACAAUUCAGACAAACUUCGAAGACGGGACCGAGAUGUUAAUCUCGACCACCUAUCGAUUGGUCGUGCGCAACGACCCUCGAUUGGGCGAGCAAACCGUCCACUCUCUCGACGCCGAUAACGCCACCUUCCCUCAGCCGCUCGUCGACGGUCUCAAGCACGUCCAACGCAUCCUUCCCGCCCUGUGCACCGAGUGA